AUCUUAGUCAGCAACACUAUAACUAUUCUCUCUCUCUCUCACUAAUCAGAAUUGAUUCAGAAAGAAAGAUAAUAUCAGUUGCCAGUCGAAACAUUCCAGUCUUCCCAUGGCUCUCCAAGCAGCGCUUUCACUUCCUUCUGCUAUUUCCAUCCACAGAGGGGGGAAGUCCAAUAUUUCUCUCAAGCACUCGGGUCUAUUUGGAGCUUCAGUAUCCAACCUUUUAAAAAAUGAAAUCAAGUGUCCUCUGAUUAGGAGCCAGGAAGUUGGAAAAAUGAAACUUCUUUUUGGGACCAUUAGAUCCCAAACAGCAACUACAACUCCAGCUAUCGACCAGGCUGCACCAGAAGCAAAGAAGACUUUGAGAAAGGGCACUGUGAUAAUCACUGGAGCCUCCUCUGGAUUGGGCCUGGCCACAGCAAAGGCUCUAGCUGAAACGGGGAAAUGGCACGUAAUUAUGGCAUGCAGGAAUUUCCUCAAGGCUGAGAGAGCUGCCAAAUCAGUCGGCAUUGCCAAGGAAAACUAUACCGUUAUGCAUCUUGAUCUUGCCUCCCUUGACAGUGUUCGGCAAUUUGUAGAUAACCUCCGUGGUUUGGCCAGGCCAAUUGAUGUUCUGGUUUGCAAUGCUGCUGUUUACCAACCCACAGCUAAGGAGCCAUCGUUCUCGGCUGAGGGGUUUGAACUGAGUGUGGGGACAAACCAUCUUGGGCACUUCCUCCUUGCUCGGCUUCUGCUUGACGACAUAAAGCAAUCAGAUUACCCAUUCAAGCGUCUCAUCAUUGUUGGCUCCAUUACAGGUAACACAAACACCCUGGCUGGGAAUGUACCACCAAAGGCAAACCUUGGAGAUCUAAGAGGUCUUGCAGGAGGCUUGAAUGGCAUAAACGGCUCGCCAAUGAUAGAUGGAGGAGAUUUCGAUGGUGCCAAGGCCUACAAAGACAGCAAAGUCUGCAACAUGCUCACCAUGCAAGAAUUCCAUAGGCGCUACCAUGAGGAGACAGGAAUCACCUUUGCUUCUCUCUACCCUGGUUGCAUUGCUACGACAGGCUUGUUUAGGGAGCAUAUUCCCCUGUUCAGGCUUCUAUUCCCACCUUUCCAGAAGUACAUUACCAAAGGCUAUGUUUCCGAAGAGGAGGCGGGGAAAAGACUUGCACAGGUUGUGAGCGACCCAAGCCUGACAAAAUCGGGUGUUUACUGGAGCUGGAACAAGAAUUCAUCCUCAUUCGAGAACCGGCUUUCCAAAGAAGCCAGCGAUCGAGAGAAAGCACGUAAGCUGUGGGAGAUCAGUGAAAAGCUUGUAGGUUUGGCGUAAAUGGGCACCAAGGAAAAAAAAAAAAUCCUGAGUACAGUUGUGAAGUAAAAUGUAUGUUAGAGAGUCUUAACCAAUACGCAGUACCCCCAAGGACGUUUCUCCUUUGCAAAUGCAAAAAUAAAAGAACAAAAGGUUUCACUCUUCUAUAUACAGUACUUUGAGCCAGGCAAGAAGAGAAGUUACUAUGAAGAUCAGAACUCUUUGAAACCAACUCCAGAGUUUGAUGCACCAUUAGCAACUGGUCCAAAAUAAAAUAAAAUAAAACUGUGUUUAGGAGUUGGAAAUGGACGUUAGAGAAGCAAUUGUGCCUCCUGGUUCACCAACAUCCAAGUUGCAAACUCGAACAAUCAUAUGAGUUUUAGAAGGGCUGGUGUACAUUUUAAUUA